AUGGGCAUACCGUACUCGCGCGAGAUCAACGCGGCCUUCGAGCAAGUCACCCCACUAGUCGCCGCGGGAUUCGAAGUCCUGCGCACCACGAAGAACAUAUCCAUCAUCCUCGCGAUAAUCCAAGUACUCACCGUGCUCUUCCUGGGGUUGAUCUUGGCCGCGCUCAUCGCGCUGCUGUACACCGUGAACCCAGAUUUAGAAGAAGAACGACGCAUUCUCAUAACGCCCUGGCUGAAGUACUACGCGCACCUGACGCUACUCGGAUUUGCCAAGACUUCUAUCACCAGCACAAUCGUGCUAGGCGCAGUUGGCUUCGCGGCAUGGCGUCUGUUUUUGUUUGAGCGGUGGGUUGAGGAUGUCGAGUACGACGCCAAUGUCGACGCCAACAAGGUGCUUGAGGACCUCGAGGAAGAUGCGGCCGCUAAGAGGAAAAACAAGAAAGAUGGCAAGAACGGAAAGCAAAAGGCGAAGAGCAAAGCUGAUAAAAGUUCAGAGGAGGAGGAGGGGAAGAAGUGA